CAUGGAGAUGCUGCGUGCACCACGCGCAGAUAGUGUGCAAGAGGCUGUCGCUGACCUUGGUGCUGAACAGCCAGAGGUUCUCACGACGUCAGAAAAGCUGGCGCUCUCCACAUGAGACGCGUGAGCCCAGCUCUGUGGUUUACAGAAGCAACUCCACACACCGCUAGUUCCCGCUUCUACUGGUUGUUUUUUGUUUUAAAUUAUAUGGUUAUCACCGUAGACGCUUCUAACGUUUUUCUCUUUCGUUCGCUUUAGGAAUGAUCUGUUGAUUUUCAUCGCGAUGGCAUUGCAUGCACUUGUACGCGAUGCGAACGAUGAGUUUAUAAUGCUGAAUGGGGAAUCAGAGCUCAUCUGAUUUCUCUCAUAUGUAGGCGUUUUUACAGCGAUCGACGCGUGAUAGGCUACAGAUCUUGUCUGCUUUUCUUUUCAAAGAAUCAGAUACAUCGCUUGCUCCACGGGUUUGUUCGGUCACAUUGCACCGUAACAUGAAGCUUAAACAGUAGACAUAUUUGAGAAAAACAUCACAUUUGGAUAUGGAGUCCGUCAAGAUGAGAGCCAAAGAGGGAAUGAAGGAAUUUGGGGCGAAGACCCUGGGGCAGAUGUACAAGGUGAUGGAGAAGCGACAGGGAACUGGUGAAGUUAUCGAACUAACAGAGGAUGGCAGGCCCUCUGAGGCCCAGGAGAAGAAAGCACCCCUGUGCGACUGCACGUGUUUUGGGCUGCCCCGCCGAUACAUCAUCGCCAUCAUGAGCGGUCUAGGCUUCUGUAUCUCCUUCGGCAUCCGAUGCAAUUUGGGCGUGGCCAUCGUGGGCAUGGUCAACAACAGUACGAUACACAAAGAUGGGAAGAUCAUCAUCACAGAGAAAGCAAAGUUCAACUGGGACCCAGAGACAGUCGGUAUGAUCCAUGGUUCGUUUUUCUGGGGCUAUAUAGUGACGCAGAUCCCGGGAGGGUACAUAUGCUCGAGACUGGCAGCUAACAGGGUUUUCGGUCUAGCCAUUUUCCUUACCUCGACGCUCAAUAUGUUAAUCCCCUCUGCGGCGCGGACGCAUUAUGGACUGGUCAUCUUUGUGAGGAUAUUGCAAGGGCUGGUGGAGGGAGUGACCUACCCAGCCUGCCAUGGGAUCUGGAGUAAGUGGGCUCCCCCUCUGGAGAGGAGUCGCCUGGCUACCACCUCCUUCUGUGGUUCCUAUGCUGGUGCUGUCAUAGCCAUGCCUCUAGCAGGGAUCCUGGUGCAGUACUCAGGCUGGUCCUCUGUAUUCUAUCUCUAUGGGUGCUUUGGGAUCUUCUGGUAUAUGUUCUGGAUCCUGGUGUCGUAUGAAAGUCCUGCUGUGCACCCUACCAUCACCCAGGAGGAACGUGUCUACAUAGAGGAGAGCAUCGGGGAGAGUGCCAAGCUCAUGGGCCCUGCUGAGAAAUUUAAGACCCCCUGGAAAAAGUUCUUCACCUCCAUGCCUGUCUAUGCAAUCAUCGUGGCCAACUUCUGCAGAAGCUGGACCUUCUACCUACUGCUUAUCAGUCAGCCGGCUUACUUCGAGGAGGUGUUUGGGUUUGAGAUAAGCAAGGUUGGCAUGGUGUCUGCCCUGCCCCACUUGGUGAUGACAAUCAUUGUGCCUAUCGGAGGGCAGUUGGCUGACUACCUACGCAGCAGGAACAUUCUGUCUACCACUACAGUCAGGAAGAUCAUGAACUGUGGAGGGUUUGGCAUGGAGGCUACGUUGCUGCUGGUAGUGGGAUUUUCCCACACCAAAGCGGUGGCCAUUUCCUUCCUGGUCCUUGCUGUGGGCUUCAGUGGAUUUGCAAUAUCAGGAUUCAACGUCAAUCACUUAGACAUUGCUCCACGCUAUGCCAGUAUCCUUAUGGGCAUAUCCAACGGUGUGGGCACCCUGUCUGGCAUGGUAUGCCCAUUGAUCGUAGGUGCCAUGACAAAAAACAAGACUCGAGAAGAGUGGCAGUGGGUGUUCCUCAUCGCUGCUCUGGUUCACUAUGGGGGAGUCAUCUUCUAUGGCAUCUUUGCCUCUGGAGAGAAGCAGCCGUGGGCCGACCCAGAGCUGACCAGCGACGAGAAGUGUGGCUUCAUCGAUGAGGAUGAGCUGGCAGAGGAGACGGGCGACAUCACCCAGAGUUACGGUGCCCUGGGUGGCGGUCCGGCCAAAACGUACGGUGCCACUACGCAGAACGGGGGCUGGGCCGAUGGCUGGGAUAAGAAGGAGGAGUUUGUCCAGGAAGAGGCAGAGGGAGGGCCGUACGGCUACAGGCAGGACCAGGACUACUCCUAGAGACAGCAGACACACUGACCAUCACACGGUAGACUUAUUUUGUAGUGUUUACCAGUUUAGACGAAACGAGUCAAAAACCAAACAAAAAAGAUAACAAUCCAUUGUUGUAUGUUUGCACAAAUUCAAGUCAUUAUUUCAAAAGAUAAAAUUACUUCAAAAGAUAAUUUUAUUGUACAAAUAAAAAAAUACUAUAGAGAUAUAACACAUAUCAAAUUGGCAGAUCUAUUUGUAAAUGUAAUAUGCAUAGAAAUUAUAGAUAUAUUUAUUUGGAGUGCAAUUGUGUGUAAGUGUGAACCAUUUCCACCUCAUCAAUCUGAGCUUCUUCAUUCUGUAGAAGCCUGUUAUGUACGAUCAGACAAUAUUUAACUGGCUUCCUGGAUCAUCAUGCCUAACUGGUUCUUGUUACAACUCCUCAUGAGCCAGCCAUUGCAGUGUGAAAAGGGGUCUUAACCAGGAAUGAGACUGUAUGUCUUAGGUUGUACAGUAUCUCUUCUGAAUGCACUGAAAGUAGUGUGUCCUUUUAAUGCACAAUAUCAUUUUAUUUUGUUAUUAUUAUGUGUUUGUAAAACUGGGUCUUUAACACAAAGAGGCAUAAAGAUACAAUAACGUUUUGAAGAACGACAUAACACUUUCACCAGCUGAUGUAAAAGUCUGUUAAGAUGCAUGAAAGAAAGAAAUGAUGAAGCGUUGCUCAUGUGUUUACAGUACCAAUUCGAGAGCUUGGGACUAUAUGGUUCUAUCUCCAUUUUUGUCAAAUUGAGUUAGUGACAUAGCCUUAUUCUGUUCAAUGUUCUCUACCCAUAUAAUACUCUAAAUACUCCAAUUCCUGUUGUUGAGUUCAAAAGUUGCUGACACCAUUCAAACCAAUGAGGGUUUGGAACUUUGAAGCCAAUUAUCUCAGAAUCAUAUUUUUGCAGAUAGAACCUUGUAGUCCCAAGCUCUCGAUUUCAUGCCUAUAACAAUGUUACAUCAGUUGUUAAAAGUGUAGGAUUGGAGGUUACAAACGUUCAUAACUCAGUUAUGUAAUACUUAUGAUCAUUAUGUCCGUUUUAUUGUCUGGUCAAUUCCAAGUCAUUUCAAGGCAUUUCAAUGAGAUUUGUUGUUGUUUAAAGGUAAUGUUUGUCUAUGGUGACUAAAGAAAUAGAACUAUGAUGUAUAAGAGCACAUGGACAAUAUAAAGAAAUUGCCAUAUUUUCCAGGAGAAGUACCAUUUUGCCGGCAUGCUGCCCGGCACUAUCAAGGGCCUGUGCAAUGCAGAGAAAGACAAUUCAGGCUAGCAUUUAGACUAGAGAAAGACCAGCCAGCCGAUCCAGAAGUAGCCAAUCAGUAUAUUUACUGUACAGACAGUCCAAAUGGAUUGAGUCAGCAGGAGAUAUGUUUUGCUAAUGAAAAGGGAACAUUUUUAGACUGGGAUAGUGAUCCAGACAGACAAUGUUGUUAAAGAAAACUAUACCUUGCCAGUCCAGGAGGACAAUUAGCCAGUUGGUGAGUGAGAUUCAUAUUACGUCUACUUUUAAAAACAUUAGAGCAUUACUGAAUAAUGUAUGUCACAUUGAACGUUUACCAUUCCUAAAAGAGUAGGUAGACAAUCAAAAGAGCAGCAAGACAUGAUUUAGCCAGUGUGUAAAGAGUGGGAAUGACCAGUGUAGAGAUACUGGGUUCCAGUCAAUGAUUUA